UCUUUCCAAGAACCCUAAAUUCAAUGCAUCAAACAAUUUGAAGAAUUUCUUCAAUUUUGUUUACAAAUGGAGAAUACAACAAUCAUCAUCAAUGAAUUAUCAUUAGGAAGAGAAUUAACAGAGCAACUCAAAACCCAGCUUAAUUCUCAUGAAUUAUGUCAUCCUCUUAUUCAAAAGAUCCUUUCUUCAUAUGACAACGCUCUUUCAAUGCUCAAUCCAGAAUCACCCACUGUCUUCUCGCCGCCGGCGACUUCUUGUCGGAAAAGAGAAACCCCGGAAUCGGCGUUGAAGAAAGAAUCUUUCAAAAAGAAGUGGGUUUUGUUUAUUUUCUUGUAUUUCCUUCAUUUUAAGGUUAAGAACUUAUGAUGUGAACUUAUUUGCAGAAAAACAAUGGCGGAAGAAGUGAUAGUUAAGUCAGGAACUGAGGUUGAAGAUGGGUUUAAUUGGAGAAAAUAUGGGCAGAAACAUAUUCUUGGAGCUAAAUUUCCAAGAGCAUAUUAUCGAUGUACUCAUCGACAUGGUCAAGGAUGUUUAGCGACAAAACAAGUUCAGAGAUCCGAUGAAGAUCCUUCGAUCUUGGAUACCUCGUACAAAGGAAGACAUACUUGUAUCCAAUCGAAGGUUCCAAAAUUGGAAGAAGAAGAAGAAGAGGAGGAACAAUUUGGGUGUUUGAGUUUUCCGGUGACAUCGCCGGAGAAAUCAGAAUCCGACAUCGACCGGUAUAAACUGUCGACAUUCCCAAGUUUUAAUUUUGAUAUUGGGUUUGAUUAUGGAUUUGGAGAAAAAUUCAAUGGAUCUCCGAUUGAUGAGAUGGGUUUGGAUGAGAAUUUGUCAUUUGAUAGUUUUGAAUUUUUUGAUUUCAUUCAAAACCCUUUGGGAUGUGGAUCUUGAGAUUUGGUCGGGAGUUUUUGUUUAGUGUUCAUAAGUUGUUCGAAGAUAAUAUGGAUUUUGUGUUCAUUUUUAGAGAAAUAAACUCCAUUUUCACUCUUUAACC